CUUUUUUGGACUCGUCAGGUGGUCCAAGCAAGUGAGUAACUGAAGUGAGCAAUGAUUUGCACGAAUUCGUAUCCCUCUUUGCCACCACCGAUUCCUGUUUUAAACACAUAUUCCAAAAGCGAAGGGGCCAGAUUCCCUUGGACAGUCAGUCUCUUCUCGUGGCUUCCUCCUCCUGCCUUCGUCAUAUGCCUCCUCCUCACUGAACCAUUCGCUCUCUCUCGAUCUCUCUCUCUCUCUCUCUCUCUCUCUAGAAUAUUUGUCGCAUUGCUCUUUGCAAAAGAUCAAGUUUUUAGUCUCCAAGCUUGCAAUGGCUUCCAUCAUCGAAUAUGGGUGGCUGUAUCUGAUCACACAUUUCAGUGACUUUCAACUGGCGUGUCUUGGAAGUUUCUUUCUUCAUGAAAGUGUUUUUUUCUUAUCUGGACUUCCUUUCAUAUAUCUUGAGAGGGCAGGUUGGUUGAGCAAAUACAAAAUUCAGAGCAUUAGAGAUAUUUGGCAGAAAAGAACAUUAGUAAAAGAUUCCAGUGCACAAUUAAUGCAUGUACCAAUAACUUGCUGCCACGUUGGGCAGUGUUCAUUUUCUGCAAUAGAAUUGUGUUAUUGUUCUUCUUAUUCUAUGAAGACAAAGAAUAACAGUCCAGCAGCUCAGGAGAAAUGCAUUACUCGUCUGCUGCUUUAUCAUUUUGGUGUCAAUCUUCCAGUGAUGGUCAUCUCAUAUCCCGUCUUCAAACACAUGGGCAUGCAAAGUAGUCUUCCAUUGCCGUCCUGGAAUGUAGUUUUAACACAGAUAAUAUUUUACUUCAUCCUUGAGGAUUUUGUGUUCUACUGGGGACACCGGGUUCUGCAUACAAAAUGGUUGUACAAACAUGUUCACAGUGUUCAUCAUGAAUAUGCUACACCUUUUGGAUUGACUUCUGAAUAUGCUCACCCUGCUGAGAUACUGUUCCUUGGCUUUGCAACCAUUAUUGGUCCUGCUAUCACUGGACCCCAUUUGAUGACUUUGUGGUUAUGGAUGGUACUGAGAGUCUUGGAGACAGUUGAGGCACAUUGUGGGUACCAUUUUCCAUGGAGCCUCUCAAACUUCUUGCCUUGGUAUGGGGGGGCCGAUUUUCAUGACUAUCACCACCGUUUGCUUUAUACCAAGUCUGGCAACUACUCAUCAACUUUUACUUACAUGGACCGGGUAUUUGGAACUGAUAAAGGUUACAGAAAGUUAAAGGCUCUAAAGAAUGAUGGAAUCGAAGAUGGAAGCAAGCAAAAGUGACAAAUAGUUUUUUUAAUAGCCGGGCAUCAAGAUGUUGCUUCCUCAUUUAAAGGCCAUCUUAGAGGUCUUGUUUUGUCACUGCCUCAUCUCAUGUGAAACCACCUUUUUGUGUUAGAUUGCUUUUUGUUUACAGCGUGACAGUAUGUGGAAUCAGUGGAAAGCGUACUCUGCAGAAAUCUUUCUGUUUUGUCCUGCUAAAUCAAGAUAGAUAUCCAUUUUUUUCUAUUGGGUAGCUAAUUUCAUAUUAGUUACUCUUAGUUAUGCUA